AUGAAAAAAGAUCUAAGAAAAAAAGAAGGCCAUCGUCGUCAUCGAGCAAAUAUCAAUAAAUUAAAACAUAAAAAUAUGAGACUCCGUAAAAGAAUAUUUGAUUUAGAACAAGAAGUGAAACAACUUACUUCAUCAUUGCCAAUGAUAAAUAAACCUUCGUCACCGGAAACGCCAACACCAUCUCCAACAAAAGUCUUCAUAUCGACUUUAAGUCCAGCAGCUAAAAAGCGAGCAACUUUACGGUUAAUCAAUGAAGAGGAAAAUCUUCCACGUGGUACAGUAUCAGCUGUUCGACAGAAGUUUGGUAUUAAUUUAUCAAAUCAAUACUCACCUCCAUCAUCAACACCUUCUGAACUUGAAGAAAAAAUUAUCAAUUUCAAGUGCAGAGAUGAUAUAUCAAAAUUAUGCCCAAAUAAAAAGAAGAAAAUAAAUCAUCAACAAAUACGAUAUCGAUUGAAUCAUUUGACAGUUCUGCAUCAACAAUUCAAAGUAGAAACAAAAACUAAUGUUGAUUAUCAUACAUUCUUACGCUAUGUACCGUCAUUCGUUGUUAAGCCAAAAGUUGAUGAUUGGGGUACAUAUUUAUGUAUUAUUUGUAUAAAUCCACAGAUAAAAUUCGAUAAAUUGAACCAAUUAAAAUCAACAAAACCAAUCACCAAACAAUUAGUAAAUUCCAUGCCAAUUGAUCUGAAUGAAGUAUUAAAUAAUCAACAAUCAAAUAAACAACUAAAAGAUGCUUUACACGAACUUAAACGUGAAAAAUUUAGCUUAACUUAUAAUGAAUGGCAAAAAGUGAAAAUAUCUGGAAGUUCUUCUACGGUAUCAAAGAAAGUUCCAUUGGUAGCAUCGAUUGAAGAUUUUAUAGAACGAUUUUUGUUGGAAAUUGAAAACCUUAAACAACAUUUGCAACGUGUUCAUCAACAAUUCAAAGCUGCUAAAGAAGCAAAAGUCGAUGCACAACAAUCACUUGAUACGGUAACAAUUCAAAUCGACUGGGCUGAAAAUUAUAAUAUUCGACAAGCUCAAGAAGAAAAAGGUAUCUUACAGCGGUUGAACUAA